ACUGGGGGACCUUCCGACGACCCCGAAGGACCGAACGCUGAUGUUCUCAACAACCUUGUUUUGAAGCAUACAAAAGCCCAAGCUCUCUCGUCCGUCUUUUGCUGUCGCUAUUCGAUCCUGUUCUUCAACAAAGAUAUCACCAUCUGCACGGCUCGCAAUCUGUUCAUCAUGAAGUCUACACUCUUCAUCGCUGCCCUCUUCGCGGGUCUCGCGUCUGCUCAGCAGGAUAAGCUCCCUACAUGCGCUCAACCCUGUGUCGACAAGUACACCACGGGCAAGGGCAUCGCCGGAUGUGGCCAGUUCGACUUCAAGUGCAUCUGCAGCAACGAGAGCUUCCUCGACGGCAUCGCGUGCUGCCUCGAGGACGAGUGCGACGACAAGGGCAAGGAGGCUGCGGUCGACUACGCGAAGAAGAUUUGCUCCACCUCGGGCGUUGAGGUCCCCGACGAGGUGGUUUGCAAGGACUCGGCCAAGGAGAGUGCGAAUACGAGCGCGAGCGCCGCGAGCGCCAGUGGUAGCAACACCGCCACCAGCGGCACCGCCAGCGGUACUGCUGCGGCUACGACCGAGACCGGUACCUCGACAGAGACCAGCGGUAGCGGUGCCGCCGAGACCAGCUCCGCUGAUAGCGGCAACGGUGCUUCGCGCGGAACAGCGGCCGGAGUGCUGGGUGCUGUCAUGAUGGCUCUCGCUCUGUGA